AUAAUUUCGAAAAAAACCCUCUCUGUCACUUCUCCUUCCAUUUCCUUUUUCCCUUUUUUUAAAUCCACAAAAAGGAAGAAGAAGAAGUUCAACUUCAAGAUAAUUGCAGCAUUCCCCAUACAAAUUCCCCCUUCACAGCUCCCAAUUCCCCCUAAAUUCGCCGACACUUUCUUAAUGCGUCAUAAAAGUGCCGCAAACAGUUGAAGAUAGGCAGUAGAAUUGAAUCAUUGUUGCAAUUUGGUGUCAUUUCUGUUAAUUGAAUCACCAUUUUUGGAGAGAGAAAAGGUAAGCAAGGAGGAAAUUAUUCAAACCCAGAGAGAGGAACAUUUAGGGUUUUGCGGGAUUUAAUUAGGGUUUUCUUAAUCUCGUAAAAUCGUUGUUUGUUUGUUCUUGAGAAGAGAUGACGGAUGUGGUACUGCACAUAUAUGAUGUGACGAACAGCGGUUCUGAUAAGACGAACAAUACUAUCAUGCAUAUCAACAAGAUCUUUAAAGAUGGUAUUGGAAUUGGUGGUAUCUUUCACAGUGCUGUUCAGGUGCAUGGGGAUGAUGAAUGGUCAUUUGGGUUUUGUGAACAAGGAACUGGAGUCUUUAGCUGCCCUGCUACAAAAAACCCCAUGUAUACAUACCGUGAAAAAAUCGUUCUUGGACAAACAAGUCUUUCUAACUCCAAGGUUAAUCAGAUUUUGAGAGAACUCAGUAGAGAGUGGCCUGGGGAGUCCUAUGACUUGCUCGCAAGAAAUUGCAAUCACUUCUGUGAUGAGUUAUGUGAAAGGUUUGGUGUUCCCAAACUUCCAGGCUGGGUUAACAGAUUUGCCAAUGCUGGUGAUGCUGCAGCUGAAUUAGCGGGAAACACUGCAUACCGUCUCAAACAAGCUAAAACAGAGAUAGUCUCAGCCAGCAAGGUUGCAUACCGUUUCCUCUCAGGCAUUGCCACGAACUCACAAGUAUCCCCUGAUAACCAGAAUCCUAACAAGACACCGCCCCGGUUUCAAGUUUCUUGGUUUAAGAACAUGAUUGCUGCUGGUAACAAACCCUCCUCAAGCUCAGUACUCGAGGUCCCAAAUCAAGACGUGAUUCGGCAACAGCAGCAACGACAGGGAGAAGAUGAUGAACCACUCAGACAGAAUGCUCGCCGUGGUAGCUGAUCAUGGGAGGAAAGAGUACAUGAUUUCUAAAAUGAUGAAAAAGGAAACCAUGGUUUUUCUCCAUGAAUUUGCUGUGUAAACUGAACUGUGUAUCUAUCCUUGUAAAAUUUACUGCUCUUCUUAAAACUUGCACUUAUGACCAACUCAAGAUGUAUGAACUAUGAAGUAAAAUGUGAAAAUUGUUGUGAUCCUUCAAUUUCUUGCAAUGAAAUUGAUAUGCCGGUUUUUUA